AUGGAUACAUCAUUUAUUCCAAAAGAGCUAGUAGGAAAAGACAUAUAUAAAAUAUUAGGGUUAAAUAUAAAUUGUUCAAAUAAACCAGAUAUAAAAAAUAUAAUAAGAAAAAGGUAUUUAAAAUGUGCAUUACUUUUACAUCCAGAUAAAAAUAAACAAAAUAAAAAAUCUAAAGAAGAUGAAAAAGAAAAAAGUAGUGGUGAAGAAUUUAGCACAUUGAAAUGUGCAUACGAAUUUUUAAUGAAUGAAACAUUACGAAAUAAAUAUAAUUCAUAUAUACAAAAACAAAAAACAACAGCAGCACGAAAAAAAAAUGCUACUAUUAAUAAUAUCAGUCUAAAUAGAUAUCUAGAUAAAAAAAAAUUUGUGGCUUUUCAAAAUGAAAAAUUAAUUUAUAAAAAAAAAUUAGAAGAAAGAGAAAAAAAGAAACAGAAUGCUUCAUCGUUUCCCUUUGAAGAAAAAGAUAUAAAUGAACAGAAAGAAAAUGAUUUAAAUAAUAUAAAGAAACAAAAUGAAAGUUUCAUUAAAAAACAUAAUAAAAAGAAAUCCUCAACAAAAAGUGAAAAUAAAAAUGAUAAUGGUGAAAACAUAGUUGAAAUAUAUUUAAAUGAUUAUAAUAAUAAUAUUGACAUAUUAAAAUUAUAUAUUAAAAAUAAGUUUUUUUUAACAUUUUUUAUUAAUUUUAAUUUUCGAAAAUAUAACCUUAAUUUAAAUGAAGAACAAAAAUAUGCUGAAAGAAAAGUUGGAUACAUUAUUUUUGCUGACCGUUCAGAAGCAAUUAAAGCUUUUUUAUAUUACAAAAAAAAUAUAGACAAAAUAAAUACUAAUGUAAAACUGAGAUUACUAAUACCGUGUAGUGAGAAUAAAGAAACGCCCAAUAAAAAAGAAAAAGAAAAGGAAAAAGAAAAAGAAGAAACCAAACAAAAUGUUGACAAUAUGAUGGAUGAAAUGAUGGACGAGUUGGAUAAAGUUUUCUCAUUCUGA